UCUUGAAUUUAAAUAACUUCGUUUUUAUAGUCAAUAAAAUGUUUACUCUUUGGUCACUAAUUGAGGCGUCAUUGCUGUGCUUGAAUGCCGUUUGUAUUUUGCACGAAGAACGAUUCUUAAAUAAAGUUGGAUGGGGUGCAACGGCCCAGGUACAAGGAUUCGGCGAACCGCCCAGCACAAAGUCGCAAAUGUUAAAUUUGAUCCGAAGCAUUAGAACUGUGGCCAAAAUUCCUCUGAUAUUCCUGAACAUUGUGGCAAUAAUAUUCAAACUACUGCUAGGAUGAACAACGUUUGUUUAUUUACAAAAUUUCUAUAAAAUAAAAAACCAUCAAACAA